GCGAAGACCAGACUCAUACUCGCCGCGCUGUGUAUUCUGGGAACACACAGUAAUUUCAAGAUGGCGGCGAGCAGGAGGCUGGCCAAGGAACUCGAAGAGAUUCGCAUGUCUGGAAUGAAAAACUUCAGGAACAUUCAAGUUGAGGAAUCAAAUCUAUUGUCAUGGCAAGGGCUCAUUGUUCCUGACAACCCUCCUUAUGACAAAGGUGCAUUCAGGAUUGAAAUCAUUUUUCCCACCGAGUAUCCUUUCAAGCCUCCCAAGAUCACGUUCAAGACCAAGAUCUAUCACCCAAACAUCGACGAGAAGGGCCAGGUGUGCUUGCCUGUGAUCAGUGCAGAGAACUGGAAGCCUGCCACCAAAACUGACCAAGUAAUUCAGUCCCUCAUUGCACUGGUGAACGACCCCCAGCCGGAGCAUCCCCUGAGGGCAGACCUAGCAGAAGAAUACUCAAAGGACCGUAAAAAAUUCUUGAAGAACGCGGAAGAGUUUACAAAGAAACACGGCGAGAAGCGGCCAAUGGACUGAUCACUUGACGAGCGCAUAGCCCUCACUCUGUCUUUUUCCUCCCCCCCUCUCCUCUUGUCUCACCUGCCUGACCAAAUACUGAUCUUUUUUUCCCCUCCUCCCCCCUUCCCACCCCACCCCCCUCCCCCCCCACACACACCUUGCCAUCUAUUUCGCUCACUCUCCUCAUCCCUCUAAUUCCCCCUCGACACCACUCCUCCUCCAUGUUGCCCCUGGAGCCGCCCAGUUGAAGCAAGGCGGCGGCCGCCUCAACCCCGCUCCCCGUCCGGGACUCUCUGUGGAUCAGACAGCUUCCUCUCCCUCCACCAUAAAUCUCCAGACCAUUUCUAACUUUCUACUCUUUCUUAAAGUUAAAAAUGGAAUAAAGAAAUGCUAAGGGAACACAACGUUCAGAUGAAGAGUUAGAUAGAAAUACUCGGAAUAUUGUGGUAAUUUCUGUUGGCUUAUCCUCUAUACAAACAACUCUGGUUUUAAAUAGAUCUCAGACAUAAUUUCUUGAAGUGUUUUAUUUAUUUAUAUUUUCUUUCGAAGAGCAGGAAAACUGGCUGAUUUGCUCUUGGAUUUUUUUUUUCUUUUUUUUUUGUGAUUUGACCCGUUAGACUUUUAAGCUGAAAUGUAAGGUGAUUGGAAGUGUGCUGAUGAAAAUGUUCCCCUCACUCACCUCCACUGCUUCUACAGUUGCUCUGUGGAGCAGUGCUUCUCACAUCUCCUUCCCCCCGUUCCCGCUACACAGAAUCAAAUGAUGGCAGGCUGAACACAAAUUGAGUUAUUUCUGACUAGGUGAUGGAGGAGGCUACCUUCAAUCUCACACACAUCCGCCCCCGUUAUUAUGAACAUACCCUCAAAGACAAAUUAGUGCACUAUCCCAACAUUUUCCUUCCUUUGAUGAAUUUUUUGCAACACAGAUCCACUUGCACUCUCCAACCACGCUGGUAAAGCUUUUCACUGCUUAACAAAUGGCUAUUGUGAUCUUUCUUUUCCUGAAUAAUCAUUUGCUUUUUUUUUCCACUUCAAAUUGUUUUGAUUUGGCACUUGAGUUAUAAAAUCGGUGGGAAAGUGGGAAAGAAUGUGUUUGAUUUAUUAUUUGAAUCCUCCAUGCAUGCCCCUUCGGCCCCCAUAACCGCCGCCAUCGAGCACCACGGCCACGUCACAAACAUAGCCAUCUACCGCGCACCGAGACGCACCACAGCUGCACACCCAGCUGGGUGGGUCCCAAAUUGUCGGGAGAGGGGGAAAGAGAAACUGAACAGAGACGCACUCGGCUUCAGUGAAUAUCGGCUCCUAGAGACGGUCCCAGAAUGAAGCGCCUCGAAGGUAGCUGGGAGAGAGGGCUGGCUGGCUGUCCGGGGAUGUGGCAGGACAUGGAAAGGGACUGCAGUGGCCAAGAAAAACCACCAUGUAACACCUAUUUGAUGUGGUCCCAAUAUUGUUUCAUAAUAAAGAUGGCUAACCAUUUGGCCUCACUGUC